CUCCUCCUUUCCUCUUUUCUUCUCAUUCCCUCCCUUUUGAAGUAGUUUCCUCUCUCAUUCCUCUUUCUCUCUCCUCUCUCUCUCUCUCUCUCCUCACACUCUCCAUUAAUCUCUUCUCUUUCUCUCUCUCUCUCUAAUGGCCUCAGCAGAAGAAGGCCCAGAACCACUCAAAUACCAGACAUGGGUUUUGAAGGUCUCCAUCCACUGUGAAGGAUGCAAGAAGAAGGUGAAGAAGGUGCUCCAUUCCAUAGAAGGGGUGUAUAAAACGAGCAUCGACGUGCCGCAGCAGAAGGUGGUGGUGACGGGGAACGUGGAGGCCGACGCCCUCAUCAAGAAGCUCCUCAAGACGGGCAAGCAUGCCGAGCUCUGGCCCCAAGAACCCCAACCCGACGCCACUUCUGCAGACUCCCCCGGCGGUGCCAAGAAGAAGAAGAAGAAGAAGAAGAGCAAGAACAAGAAUAAGCCCAAUGCCGCCGCCCCCGCCGCUGCCGCCGCACCUAAACUCCCCGCCGCCAAUGAGCAUGGCGCGGAUACGGACAACGAUGAUGAUAACGACGAUGACGGUGAUGACGGCGCCGCCGCUUCGUCCGCAGAGGAAUCAGAUAAGCCCGACAAAGCUGACGGCAAGGACCAGCCGAAGCAGCCCAAACCAGACGUCGGCGGCGGCGGCGGCGGCGGCGGAAAGAAGAAGGGAAAGAAAGGCCACAAUGGCGGCGGUGGGGCUUCGGAGGGGGCGGUGGCAAUAAAAGGUGGUAAUGGUGGUGGCGGCGGUAAUGGAAUGGUGGAGAAUCAUGUGCCGGCGUAUGUGGUGAGCUACAGUGCUGUGCGGCCGAGCGCGAGCCGCGGUGCAGCGUACUACUUUCCGGGGACGGCGGCGGCGCAACAGAGCGGCGGCAGCGGGUACGUCUACUGGACUGCGCCGCCCGUGACGGCGCCGCCGGAUUCGUAUUACUUCUUCAGCGAGGAGAAUGCAAAUGCGUGCGUUGUAAUGUGAUAAAGAGGAGAAGAAGAAGAAGAGGAGGAGGAGGAGGGUGCCGGGGUUUGUUUGUUUGUUAGUAUCUUCCGUUUGUUCUUCCUCUCCCCCGUGUACGAGUGUUGGUGUAGCAGCCGAAGUGUCGUUUGGGUUAAUCGAUCGCAUCACCUUGGUUCCUAA